AGGAAGAGAGAGAGCGGGCGAAGGAGAGAGGGACAAAAGGAGUGUAAGAGAGAGGAUAACAUUCAUCUCAAUCAUUUCCCUGUUAGGAACCUUAGGAAUGGUUUCAGCUGUGGAUUACUGUCCGACACUCAGGCUAUCUAAAGGCCUUAGGAUGACCAGGCCCAUUGUAUGCUCCAGGACCUGGUGGACAGUGCUCUGUGUAAUGACAGUGCUCCUCAGGUCAGGUAUCACUGCGGCCAUGCAGGUGACCAGCCAAGGACCACAGACCGUUCAAAAAGCCUUGAACGACAAGGUGAUCCUGGGAUGCACAUACAGCCAAGCAGCUGAAGACACAGGAGAGCUGGACAUCGAGUGGACCAUGGUCAGCCCAGACAUGACCCAGAAAGACAUGCCGAUCUUAUCUUUCACAGGCCAGCGCAAGUACCUUCACGGCCCCCCAAGCCUAAUGAAGAGGCUGGACUUCCUCACAGCAGACCCCAGCCGGGGAGACGCCAGCAUCUCUGUGUCCGGCCUGCAGGUGUCAGACACAGGCACAUACCAGUGCAAAGUGAAGAAAGCACCGGGCGUGGACAUGCGGAAGAUCACUCUCGUCGUGUUGGUGCCCCCAUCAGUGCCCAAGUGCUGGGUGGAGGGCAGUGAGGAGAUAGGGGGCUCAGUCUCCUUACGAUGCAAAUCAUCUCAAGGAUCCAGCCCCUUGACCUACACAUGGAAAAGAGAGAGUGGAGGCGCUAUUCCACCCACUGCACUGCAGAACCCUGAGAGUGGAGAGCUCCUGUUCAGUAACCACUCUGUCAGCAACAAGGGCAACUACCUGUGUGAGGUGAAAAAUGCAGUAGACCGGAAAACCUGUAGAUACACCCUGCGAGCAGUUCAACCUGUCAACAAAACAGGAAUGAUCGUGGGUGCCGUCAUUGGUGCACUGCUGCUGUUGCUCCUCCUCCUGUUCCUCAUCUGGCUUAUACUUUGCCUCUGUCACAAGAGACGUUAUCAGAAGGAAGUGGCCAAUGAGAUCAAGGAAGACGCCCAGGCCCCAGAGAGCAGGCCGUCCAGUCGCAACUCCAGCUUCCGCUCCGUCAUGGGGUAUCGACCCCACGCUGGAGUUGUGUACAGCUCAGUGAGGAGCGGGAAAAUUAAAGAGUCUGACCGCAGCAGUAUCUACACAGAUAGGAGUAGGCCUGCGCCACCCCCCAGCAACCAAGGACUGCCAGCGCUGAAAUAUGACAGCAGAUACGGAUACCCUGUAUAGAAACGGCAGAAUUGAACAACGUGCAAUGGUCGGUUUUGGGAAGUCGCGACGUGUAAGCCCCACAAACCGGUGCAGGGGUUUACUCUAUGAAGAGUGUCACUCAAGGGCUAAGCUGUAAACAGCACGAACAAGUGGUGUAAAUCUGGGUUAAUGUUUUACAGUAUAACUCAAUAUUGUAGUGUGUAUAAUAAUAAUAAUUUGUAUUUGUCUAGUGCUUUUCCCAAGAUCAAAGCUGAAUGUGUGUAUGUGCAUGUCUGUGCAUGUUUGAGUGUGUGUGUGUGUGUGUGUGUGUGUGUGUGUGUGUAUAUUUUUUGAACAAAUGCCGAAUAAAUUGUGAAUUAUUGUACUCACAGUGUCUAUUUUUAAAAUGUAUUGAUAUAAGUUC